AUGUUCGAAAUAUCAUCCAUUGGAAAAAUACUGUGCCCAAGCAAGUUCAAAUUCCCUUUAAGCCAGCCCCGUGUUUUGUUACAGGAUUUUACUGGAGUUCCAGCUGUGGUUGAUCUCGCUUCUAUACGGGAUGCGAUGAAAAACCUUGGCAGUGACCCUUACAAGAUCAAUCCCUUGAAAAAUCUAUGGAAUGCAUGGAUAACAAUAUCUGAUCUACGUGACACCGUCACCAAAAAAAGUCACAGAUUGCAAUUGCUGAAGCAAAAGUUCAAACUAGCCUCCAUUCUCAAUGGUCAAGUAAGCUCCAUUCCUGUCUACUCGAACCCGAAAACCCUCAAAAAACCCUCUAAUCUUUCGCUAGAUUCAGCAGUGAAGGCAGUAGAAAUGGGAGAGAUGAAGGAGAACGACGCAUACGAGGAGGAGCUUCUCGACUACGAGGAAGAAGACGAUAAAGCUCCCGACUCCGUGACCAAACUGAACGGCGAAUCAGCCAAGAAGGGUUACGUGGGAAUUCACAGUUCCGGAUUUAGAGACUUCCUCUUGAAACCAGAGCUUCUAAGGGCUAUCGUAGAUUCUGGAUUUGAGCAUCCUUCAGAAGUGCAACAUGAGUGUAUACCUCAAGCUAUUUUGGGAAUGGAUGUUAUUUGCCAAGCAAAAUCUGGAAUGGGGAAGACUGCUGUUUUUGUUCUCUCAACAUUGCAGCAGAUUGAACCUGUUGCCGGACAAGUUGCUGCACUUGUUCUAUGUCAUACAAGGGAACUCGCAUACCAGAUAUGUCAUGAAUUUGAGCGGUUCAGCACAUACUUGCCAGAUAUCAAAGUUGCUGUUUUUUAUGGGGGUGUCAACAUCAAAAUCCACAAAGAUCUUCUGAAAAAUGAAUGCCCUCACAUUGUUGUUGGAACACCUGGGAGGAUUCUUGCGCUAGCUAGAGACAAGGACCUUUCUUUGAGGAACGUGAGGCAUUUCAUACUUGAUGAAUGUGAUAAGAUGCUUGAAUCUCUUGAUAUGAGAAGAGAUGUCCAGGAGAUUUUCAAGAUGACCCCUCAUGACAAGCAAGUAAUGAUGUUUUCGGCUACACUCAGCAAGGAGAUCCGACCGGUUUGCAAGAAAUUUAUGCAAGAUCCUAUGGAAAUUUACGUGGAUGACGAAGCCAAGUUGACCCUUCAUGGUCUUGUACAGCACUACAUCAAAUUGAGUGAGCUGGAGAAGAACCGGAAGCUGAAUGACUUGUUGGAUGCGCUUGACUUUAAUCAAGUUGUCAUCUUUGUCAAGAGUGUCAACAGAGCAGCGGAGCUUAAUAAGUUGCUUGUAGAGUGUAAUUUUCCGUCUAUUUGCAUCCACUCUGGCAUGUCUCAGGAAGAAAGAUUGACACGCUACAAGGGCUUCAAGGAGGGGCAUAAGAGGAUCCUUGUGGCAACAGAUUUGGUUGGUAGAGGAAUUGAUAUUGAAAGGGUUAACAUAGUCAUCAACUAUGACAUGCCAGAUUCUGCUGACACUUAUCUGCACAGGGUGGGAAGAGCUGGAAGGUUUGGUACCAAAGGUCUUGCAAUCACAUUUGUUUCAUCUGCUUCAGACUCUGAUGUUCUCAAUCAGGUCCAGGAGAGGUUUGAAGUGGAUAUAAAAGAGCUUCCUGAGCAGAUUGAUACAUCAACAUACAUGCCUGCUUAG